AUGUACCAAGAUCUAGUUGACAAGCCCAUGCCCUUCAAAAUAGUUGAGUGUCAUAGGUAUAAUGAAAUGAAUGAAAAGAAGGUUUUAGAGGAAUACAUAACUCAACAAGAAUUACAAAAAUCCAACAGUAAUGCAGAUGAAGAUGGAGAACGGAUAUGGGACAGAAUCAAGACGGCGGUAGUCAAUAGUGCUAAUAAUUGCCUAGGAAUAAGAAAACAAGAAAAAAGAAAAGAAUGGUUUAAUGAUAGGUACAAGGAAGCAAUAGACAGAAGAAACCGCAUACGAGAAAAAACUAUCAAGGACCCAAGUGACAUAAAUAUGGAAAGAUAUAAAAAUACUAAAAAAGUAACCAAUAAAGUACUAAGAUGUGAAAAAAGAUUAGUGGAAAAAAGAAAGAUUGAGGAAAUUGAAGAAAAUAAAAAUAACUCCAGAAGAUUCUUUAGCAAAACUGCCAACAUUAAACAGGGAUAUAAACCGCAGACUAGGAUCCUAAGGAAUGAACUAGGUGAGUUAGUAACAAAAGAAGAAUCUGUAGUAGAAGAAUUUAAAAAACAUUUCGAAAGAUUACUAAAUAAAACACCACCAAUACCAACACAUGAAGAUAUACCUAUGCAAUAUAGUACAGCGGAACCAUAUAUUAAAACUCCAACAAAACAGGAAAUCUAUAACAUCAUAAAAGAACUUAAAAACAACAAAUUACCUGGAGAAAACAACAUAGUUGCGGAAUUAUUAAAAAAUGGAGGAAAUGCGAUUAAAGAUGAAAUUUGGAAAAUGAUUAAGGAAAUUUGGGAAACCGAAGUAAUGCCAGGAGAUUGGAACACGGCAAUACUAUGCCCAAUAUUUAAAAAAGGAGACACUUUAGACCCAAAAAAUUACAGAAGAAUCUCAUUAUUGGAUACUUGUUACAAGAUAUUGUCAACGCUCCUUUUGGAAAGAAUAACGCCAUAUGCAGAGGCCUUUGAGGUUAAUUCUGGAUUACGACAGGGAGAUGCCCUAUCCCCAACAUUGUUCAAUCUGGGACUAGAAAAAGUUAUUAGAGAAGCUUAUGAAGACAGAAGAAUGGAAGUUAUUGGUGAAGAAACUAUCUUAGCAUAUGCUGAUGAUAUAGUUCUUUUAGGGAAUACGCGAGAAGAAAUUUGCCACUCACUCUCUAAACUAAUAGAAGCCAGCAAAAACACGGGUUUAUGUAUCAACGAAGAAAAAACUAAACUUAUGAUACUAUCCAGAAGAAACGUAGAUCAAUCAAACCUGAAAGUGGGAUGUAUGAAUUUCGAAAAGGUGGAUAAUUUCAAAUACUUGGGUGUUAAUAUAAACAACAGCAACAACAUGCAUAAGGAGAUAAAGGAAAGAAUAUUAAAUGGAAAUAGGUGUUACUUCAGCAUAAACAAACUAUUGAGAUCAAAACUGCUAUCAAGAAAGUCUAAAACCACUUUGUACACAAGCUACCUUAGACCAGUAGUAACCUAUGGAUGUGAGACCUGGUCCACAACAAAAGAUGAUAAUAAAAAACUUGCUAUAUGGGAAAGAAAAAUACUAAAAAAUAUAUAUGGACCAGUGUACAACGACAACCUAGGAAUAUAUGAAAAAAGACACAAUGAAGAACUGUAUAACCUGUAUGGAAAACCAAAUAUACUCACAUAUAUAAGAUGUAAACGCCUAGAGUGGUUAGGACAUGUAUGGAGAGCGGAUGGAGAUUUAUUAAAGAAUGUUCUGAUACGAAAAAUAAAUAAAAAACGUCCACUUGGAAGACCAAGAACAAGAUGGAAAGACACAGCAGAAAAGGAUAUGAGACUAAUAGAUGAGGAUGCAACGUUAGACUGGACUUUGAACAGAGAAAAAUGGAGAGGCUUACUAGUGGCAGCGCAGGUCCUCAAUGGACCGUUAAGCUGUUGA